AUGUCUUUUUCCCAGUUUGGCUAUUCGUACAGCGCUUCUUCCCAGAUUUUCGUCUCGGCCACUUCCAGCGCCACGUGCUGUACCUCGGGUUCCCGCGCUGCCUCCGACGUUUCCUCCGGGUCUUCCCAGGCGGCGACCCUCGGCUGCACCUCUUACGAGAAUCGGCUGCUGGCCGGAUCCAGAACGGAGCUCAACGCGGCGUUGGGGAUUUACGGCUCGCCCUACGCAGCCGCUGGGGCCAACCCGGGUUACGCCAACUACUUGCCUUACAACGCCGAUCCUUCCAGUUUCUACACCGCGCUGAAUUCCCAGUAUGACCUGAAGGACAGCUCACCGGGUUUACACGCAGGGAUUGUUCAGCCAACAGCAGCAGCCUAUUAUUCUUAUGAUCACUCUUUUGGCCAGUAUGACAGGUAUGGAACGGUGGACUUUAGCAACUCAUCCAGGCGCAAAAACGCUACCCGAGAAACCACCAGCACACUGAAGACAUGGUUAUAUGAGCACCGCAAGAACCCCUACCCAACCAAGGGCGAGAAGAUCAUGCUGGCCAUCAUCACCAAAAUGACCCUCACCCAGGUCUCCACCUGGUUUGCCAAUGCCCGCCGGCGCCUCAAGAAGGAGAACAAGAUGACCUGGUCUCCUAAAAGUAAAGCAGGAGACGAGCAAAGAGAGGGAAGUAAAAGGAACGGGGAAGACUGUAGCAGUGAAAAUGAAGACAAAGACCCCAAAAUCUGCAAAGAAGAAAAGGAGUUGCAACUGAGUGAUCUGGAAGACUUAGAGGAGGAGGAAUCAGGUGUGAAGGUUGAGGAUGAGCUGAAGCACCUGCAUCAGGAUGGCCUCAUAAUUGGCCGAGCAUUGACUGAAUCUGAGAAAAGCAGCUGUACUGGGAGCCCAGCCAGUCAUUUUCAUACCUUUUCUUGUGCCAAGCAACAUUCACCAAUUACAGGGGACUUCUGUGGCCACAAGGGGAACACCAUAACAGGCAGUCUUGGAAGUCAAGGCCAACUUUAUGAAGCUCCAGAAAAGCCCCGCAUCUGGUCCCUAGCUCAUACUGCAGGAGCCAACAUGCUUGUGGGGUCCACCAGCAACCCUGCUCAAAGGACAGAGAGCCCCAAUUGUUUGGUGCUCCGUGGAAGGUGCUCUGGGUCUGACGGACAAUGCAGUGAAGGGAGGCCACUGGGCAACCUUGUGAGAACACAGGCCAUUCAUGAGAAGGCCUUGGAAGAGCUGCCACAAGCAGCUAAAAUCUUUAAGAGUUCAACCUUCAACCUCCAGUCCAUUGCACUGAACUAUGCUCCAUACCCUGUGCUAGGGGAGACAUGUCAGUAUGCAGCAGGAACAGAAGGUAGUUACCUUGGGAACUUUUUCAUUUUCUUUUAUUCUGAUACAGUCCUCAGUUUGACGAAAAGAAGUUCACAUGAGGUCCAGAACUCCAACACUGAUGUUUAA